AUGAGGGGCCGGCUGCUGGCGCGGCUGCGCCGGCGGCGGCUGCCGCGGCUGCUGGUGGCCCUGGGCGUGCUGGCCCUGGGGCUCUGGGCCGCUUACCUGGAGCUGGUGGCUGCGGCCGGCGGCGGGGCUCCCCCGGACCGCAGAUAUGAGAGCUGGAGGGAUCUGGCUAAGGCUCUGGCAGACACGAAUGUCCCAGGUGGGGAUGCAAGCCUUCAGUUUUACUAUCUGAAGAAGCUGAGACAUCAGAACCAAGAGCUGCAAAGAGAUGGAAGGAAUAAAUCGAAUUAUGCAGCUGUGGACAACCCUGUUCGGUGGAUACCAGAGUUCCAGGGCCAGGCCAAUCUGCACGUGUUUGAGGACUGGUGCGGCAACUCCAUUGAGCAGCUCAGGAAAAACCUGCACUUCCCCCUCUUCCCCCACACACGAACGACACUGAAGAAGCUGGCUGUGUCCCCAAAAUGGACCAACUAUGGCCUCCGGAUAUUUGGCUACCUACAUCCUUUCACCAAUGGGGAGUUUCAGUUUGCCAUUGCUGCGGAUGACAAUGCUGAGUUCUGGCUGAGCCCAGAUGAAAAGACCUCUGGUCUCCAGCUGCUGGCCAGUGUAGGCAAGACAGGGAAGGAGUGGACUGCGCCAGGGGAGUUUGGGAAGUUUCACAGCCAGCAGUCAAAGACGGUGAGGUUGUCAGCUACAGGCAGGUACUAUUUUGAGGUGCUGCACAAGCAGGAUGACCGAGGAACAGACCAUGUGGAAGUAGCAUGGAGACUGAAUGACCCAGAAGCAAAGUUCAAAGUCAUUGACUCCCAGUACCUCUCCCUUUUUGCUAAUGAGACACUUUUAAAGAUGAAUGAGGUUGGGCACAUCCCGCAGACGUUGGCCAGUCACACGAGGCGGCCUGCUGACAGCGCGGGUGGCCAGGCGCACCCAGCCGAUAUGUUGAAGCCUGACCCCCGGGACACCCUUUACAAAGUGCCUCUGCUCAACAAGUCUCGUGUGCGACGUGCCUUGCCAGACUGCUUGUACAAGCCCAGCUACCUGGUGAAUGGAUUUCCUCUGCAGCGCUACCAGGGACUCCAGUUUGUUCAUUUAUCCUUUGUUUACCCGAACGAUUACAGCCGCCUGACCCACAUGGAGAAAGACAACAAAUGCUUCUAUCAGGAAAACUCUUAUUACUUGGAAAGAUUUGGCUUCUACAAGUACAUGAAAAUGGAUCGACCAGAGAAGAGCCUGGACUCUGGAGAAAAGACAGAGCAGCCAGGCUCCCAGGAGGGUAACGUGGAGGAGCUGCAGUACACGGAGCAGGACACAGAGAGUCCCAGUGCCCCGGAGCACGGCGGCAUGGGGAGGGCAGAGCUGGCAGCCAACACUCUCAGCAGCCUGCUGGGCAGCGAGAACAUUCACCAGGACUAUUCCUUCCAGGAGCGGCGGCGGCUCCUCUCUGUGAUGGAUGGUGACAUAGGAGAGGGGAUACAGAGAAGGACAAAGAGGUCUGGUGUCAAAUCAGCCAUGCUGGCCUCGGCCAACCAAAGCUUCAGCCAGGCUGGCGUAGAAGGGAACCCAGUAAUCAAGAGACCCCAUUUAAAAGCUGGUGACAAAGACAACUCCAGGAGCCCUCUGCAGCAGGCCAGGGGUGUCCAGGGCAGAACACCUGUGAAAAAGGAUAACUCUCCUUCUAGGGCCUUGUCUCAAAGGCAGCAGCCUCUUGGCAGCCCCAGGGACUCAGGGGUUGUGAUUCCUGAAGGAGUGAGACCUCAAGGAGACCUGAGCACCGCCAAGGACCGGCUGCAGGCAGCAGGCGCCGUGCCAGCUGGGAAAGGAGGUCCAGUUGCUGGUAAAGCUAGCAGACGUGUGGUGGGCACCGCCAGCCCCAGCCAGCAGCCCGGCCUGCCACAGUGGCUGAACCAAGUGGAGUCCUACAUUGCUGAGCAGAAGGCAGCCAAUGGUGGGCACCGGGCCAAGGGAGAGGCACAGGUGGUAUCUCCCAUGAAGGGCAAGUCUGGACCUGUGGCAGCAGAAGAGGAAGAGGAAGAGGCGGAUGGGGAGGCAGAGGAGGAAGAUGAGGAGGAUUUUGAUUAUGUGCCAGUGUUCGACCAGGCAGUGAACUGGGAGCAGACCUUCAGCAUAAGCAACCUGGACUUCCACAUGCUGCGCACAGACUGGAUUGACCUGAAGUGCAACACAUCAGGAAACUUGCUGCUAAAAGAAAGGGAAGCCCUGGAAAUCACACGCGUCUUCCUGAAGAAGCUUAACCAGAGGAGUAAAGGGCGGUUCCAGCUGCAGCGCAUCGUGAAUGUGGAGAAGCGCCAGGACCGCAUGCGGGGCAGCCGCUACCUGCUGGAGCUGGAGCUGCUGGAGCAGGGAGAGCGGCUCGUCCGCUUCUCCGAAUACAUCUUUGCCCAGGGCUGGCAGGGCAUUGAUGGCGAUGAGGAGGAGGAGAGGAAGAUGAGGAACCUGGCGUGGGGUCGCCGACGGCACCUGAUGGCUGUGGCAAAUGAGCCAGAGCUGUGCUGGCCCCAGGGCUUUUCCUGGAACCACCGUGCCGUGGUUCACUUUGUGGUGCCAGUGAAAAACCAGGCACGUUGGGUGCUGCAGUUCAUCUCUGACAUGGAAGAACUGUUCCGAGUCACCAAGGAUCCUUACUUCAAUGUAAUCAUCACAGACUACAGCAGUGAUGACAUGGAUGUAGAGAAGGCUAUGAAAAGGUCUACUUUGCACAGCUAUCGGUACUUGAAGCUGACAGGGAAUUUCGAGCGUUCUGCUGGGCUGCAGGCGGGGAUAGACCUUGUGACGGACCCGCACAGCAUCAUCUUCCUGUGUGACCUCCACAUCCACUUCCCAGCUGGAGUCAUCGAUUCCAUCCGGAAGCACUGUGUGGAAGGCAAGAUGGCCUUCGCUCCCAUGGUCAUGAGGCUGCACUGCGGCAUGUCCCCACAGCGGCCCGACGGCUACUGGGAGGUGAAUGGGUUUGGUCUCUUGGGCAUAUACAAGUCUGACCUGGACAGGAUUGGAGGCAUGAACACAAAAGAGUUUCGGGACCGCUGGGGAGGAGAGGACUGGGAACUCCUGGACAGGAUCUUGCAGGCUGGGCUGGAAGUGGAGCGUCUCUCCCUGAGAAACUUUUUCCACUGGUUUCACUCGAAGCGGGGCAUGUGGAACCGGCGCCAGCUGAAGACGCCGUAGCCUUUCAACCCCAAAGCUGCUCAGCAGCACCGUCCACCAACUCAUCUCCACUUGUGCUUUGUUGAGGUGCACAGCCAAGCACACAAACUCCUCCUCUGCCUCCAGAGCCCUUCAAAGGGAUGGUGCAGCCUACAAAGGGACAGCCAGGCUUAGGGGAGCGGGAGCUUCUCUUGGGAGCCGUUGUACCCAAGACAUGGAAUCGAUAUGUUGCAGGGAAGGCGUGUGGGGGAGACAUCAAGUGAAGGAUUCAUGUCUCCUGCAACUCAAUCUGGUGGAUGGUGCAGAGGGAGAGGUGCCAUAUUUCCUGUUGAGUCUUGCGUGGUGCAAACCAAGCAAACACAAAUCCCAGCUAAGCCCAGAAUGGUUAAUUUAGAGUAACUCAGCUUCUCUUUCGGUACUUGAAUGAAAAAAAGGAAAAAAACCUCCAGCCCUCUCCAUUUCCUUUCCUUCCCCAUCUCUACGGUAUCCAUGCUUUUGGACAGGGGACCAAAGCAAGUUCUCUGAACUGUAUUGUGUCCAUAUGCCCAUGUGCUGACCUGAGGAAAUCUGGAAAUGUGGAGAAGCUGAUAGGCACUUUAGGCUGCUGGUGCUUAGACGUUUCUCCGUGCUUGUGACUUCAUUUGUUAUGAAAAACUGUGCUUGUAUUCAGCAAAUUAUGGGCUAUGGAUGGAGAUGCAAGUACACUUCCCUUAUGAGAGCCACGUUUGCCUGCAGCUGGGCAAGAUGGCAGAAACUGAUGUUACAACUCCACCUAAAUUAUUGAUCCACUGCCUGAGGAUUAGUGGAGGGGUUAUAUAGAAAAUCUAGGAGGGCAUCUCAGGAGGAACUUUGCAGCCUUAUCUGACAGACAUGUGUGUUUGUCCUUAUGAUAUCAGGGAAACCCCAACAGGGAAGAAGUGGCAAUAUUUUAUUAGUUGAAAUAUUGUGAUUUUGUCAGAAAAAGAGGAGACAGGGUGUUCUGCUCCCUAAAUCCUGUGCAUUUAUGCAGCAUCUAAAGGUUAAUUUAAUAAGUUAUGGCCUCACAGUUAUGUCUUGUCACAGUUUGACUUUUAUGUAAAGAGUAGGCUUCUUGGUUGAAGAGGUGGCACAGCUGAUGAUGCUUCAUCUCUGAACAGCCCUGGGAGCUCCGGCCAUUUACAGAGGAGGUAGCCUCAGGCCUUGGCACUUGCACAAAACAGUGAGGACAGAAGAGGGUUGAAUGAACAAAAGGAUGGUCAGACCUGUGGCAGCAUUGGUCCAAGAACUGUGGAAAGAGCUCCUGUCCUGAGCCGGCCUGAUGCUACAGGGAAUUCUCAACCCCUACAACUCCCAUUAAUGUUAGGCAAGGGUUUUUUACCCCUGUAGCCAUUUUACAAGACUACAGAAACACAGAAAUCUCAUCACACUCGGUGCUCUACACGGGAGUUUCAGUGUCCCCAUACCAUGCUGAAAAGGCUGCUGCUGGUCUCCUGCUCCAGAGGAGAGCAUGGCAUAGGGAUGCUGCUCAUGGUGCCCAGCUCUGUGGGGAGUUGUGGAGAAGUGAAUGAUGGAGGUAUGCAGGGUACAAGUAGUAGACAUGGUACUAGAGUCAUGGAUGCCAAUUCAGAGUAGACAUUCAUUUAUUAUUAGUUCUGUGGUGCUUGACAAGUCCAUCAAGUUCCACAAUGGCAGUAGAAAACCGAACAUGCAAGUUCUGGCAGAUGAGAUAGAAAUCUUGUCAAAUCAGCUGCUUGCCUUGGUCUGGGUCUUCUAACUGAUGGAGUCAGAAAAAGUCAACCAGAUUUUAGCUUAGCUAUGCAGUGUGCAGCAAUGCUGAGAGAAGUAGACAAGAGAUGGCUGUGUUUCUGAGUCCGUGGAGCCUUUGCCAGAAUACAGACACUUAGUGUCUCAGGUGAGGCAGCCUUAGCCUUCUGCCUAAGCCAGAGCAUUCUUUCUAUUGAGGGAAAAUCCUUUACCUUCAAACCUAAGAAAUGAAACCCUGCAGCUGGGGUGACAACAGUCAACACUUAUUUGUUUUUAAAUGUAUUAUAGGAGUUUAGGAGGCCAGAGCCCCGUGAUGCAAUGUUGCAAUAAGCUCUGUUUCUGCCUGGAAUGUGCAGUGUCAGUCAUGCUUUCAGUGCGUGUCGGAGCCUGUGCUUCACCCAGACACUGGCACAACCCCACAAGCGUGCAGGUGAGCUGCUCUGCAGGCCUCAGGACGGUGCCUGUGCAGCCUGUCUGGGCUGGCUCUGUCAUGCAAUCCCUGUGGAAUGAGGAGAGGCUGGCGGGCAGGGCGAGCGCCGGGACAUGGCAAGGCCUUAGCAGGACCCAGCUGUUUGGUCCCAUCCAGCAGAGAAUGGCACAAAAGCCUGUUUUGCGGAUGGAGAUCUGUUGUAUUUAGUGAUGGCCCUGAUGUCAUGCACAUGGAGAAAGGGUUAUUUGUACCGUGUGCUUUCACGUCUGGCUUAGAUGCGGCCUGCAGCACCUACAGUUAGCAGCUGGCAUUCAUCUGCAGACACUGGCAAGAAUUAGGUGCAUCCAGAAGGUAACUCACUUGACUUAAAUAAUCCCUCUUCCUCACCAGAGAGAACAGUCAGCAAAAAGUGAACUAGCACUCACUCUACUACUAGCAGACUUUGAGGAUUUUGUCCCCAUACUUUAGCUGUGACUGUGCUCCUUCUUUCUCACCUUGUAACCCAGGUCAAUGGCACGCAGAACUCUACCUCAUGAGGACUCCUUGGAGGAGAUGGAAGGAGUUAAUGGGUUUCAUUCCAGUUUGCUGAUGGCCAGUAUCCCCACUGUCAAAGUUGCUGUCACAAAUGUCCGUCCCUUUCUCGCACAGUGCAGAUUCUUUGUUGGUAUUUAAGCACUGCAAUAGUAAACAUGAUUAAUAUUAAUUGGCACUAGUUGGCAGCCUCCAUGGAAGAGCUUGGAAAGGACAAAAGCUGUCUUCCAGCCCACUUGCUCAGAGGGGCUACACACUGUCUAACUUGCCGGCCAGCAGAAAACCUUGCAAGAGCAGUGCUGGGCUGGUUUUCUCCCCAAACAGUCUCAGAGGGAGAGCAGGGAGCAGGGUGGGAGCAGGUGACCCCACAGCCAUGCAGUGAAAGGCUGUGGCCAUCCAGGGGGGGUGGCUGGGUCACCACAGUCCCUGAUGGGCGAGUGGUUCCCCCCGUCACUGGUGUCACACGACUGCCACAUCUCCAGGUCCAGCUCAGCUCCUGGAGAGCAAGAGGGAAGCCAGCCUCACCAUGGCACGGAACAUGACUCCUCUCUGCAGUCAAUCUCGUUUCUGUCAACCAAGAUCUUUUUAGGAAGCUGUGCCUGAGUUUGUGGGGAAGUUUUCCCUGAGUUUCUGGCCUUCAUGUGCAUCCUGGCUGUGUCCUGCCUCGGUGGCAGGAGGAAAUGAGUUGCACGGGAUUUCCCAUGCAUCAGGCAGGCAGGGGGAAGCAGCCCCGGUAGCUCUCUGGCUGGGGACAGCUGGGGAGAUGAUGUGCCCAUGCUGCAGCAGAGACCUCCCCUGUGGCAGGAUGUGGCCAGACCCUGGGCCCCCGAGUGUGGGCUGCAUGGCAAGGAAACUCUGCCCAUAAAUGCCAACUACUUCUUCAGGACUGUGAACUGUGGGGCUGAUGCUUCUUUUGCAGGUCAGCAAAGGGCUGGCUUUUAUUCUGAGAGAAAUGUAUUGUGUGAAAAUUAUAAUGUGACUUGUUUUGUCAUUGUUUUUUAAUGUUUGUCUAGUAUGAACAUCUCGCCUCUUCUCAUUGCCUGCAGAUGUCUGAAGUUUGUUUUUUAGGUACUGAUGCCUUAUGUUAAAAAUCUGAAUUGUACCUUUGAAUUAUCUGCCUUAAAGCGGCCCUGUGCCUUCAAGACGACUCCUGGGCCACCUCUCUGUUAGAGCUGGGAGAUGUACUAAUUCUCCCUCAUGUUUUAUAAAUACAUUGUCUUCCUACAAG